AUGCAAAGUCAUUCUUCCUCUCCAUACAUUAUAUCUUCUAGUGAGAGUUUCUGUGACGAAGAAGAUGAUGAUUCAACCCUACUUUCACUUGGCCCUCCUGGCCAAAAGUACCACAACAUAUGCCAAGACUACAACCAGACCCAGAAUUUCCAAAGCCCCAGAAAUGAAAUUGGAGUAACAGUGGCUCUUCAUAUUGGUCCACCUAAUAGUAAUUCAGGAGCCACUUCUUCUGGAAACCCUACUGAAAUGGGGAGACCUACUGAAGGGCAGUAUUGGAUUCCCACACCAUCCCAAAUCCUUGUUGGCCCGACCCAGUUUUCUUGCUCUGUCUGCCAAAAGACUUUCAACAGAUAUAACAACAUGCAGAUGCAUAUGUGGGGGCACGGAUCAGAAUACAGAAAGGGCCCGGAAUCACUAAGAGGAACAAGAGCAGCCUCCUCUAUACUGAGAAUGCCUUGCUAUUGCUGUGCUGAGGGUUGCAAGAACAACAUAGAACACCCAAGAUCAAAGCCACUGAAGGAUUUUAGGACACUCCAAACACACUACAAACGAAAGCACGGUUCGAAGCCUUUUGGAUGCCGAAAAUGCAGGAAACCAUUCGCCGUCCGGGGGGAUUGGAGGACUCAUGAGAAGAAUUGUGGGAAGCUGUGGUUUUGCAUCUGUGGUUCUGAUUUCAAACACAAAAGAUCACUCAAAGAUCACGUCCGUUCAUUUGGAGAUGGCCAUGCACCACAUAGUGAAAACCUCUACUCCUAUAUUCACGAGGGUGAAGAAGAAGAGGAAGAAGAGGAUAAUGAUGAAGAAUAUAGAAAUGGAGGACAUGGUCCUGCAGGUUUGAAUUGA